AUGGAUUCUGUUCCUGUUCCAUCCCUGUCAGCCUCCUCGACCCUUACGGAAGAAGUACAAGUGACUGCAUUGCAGAUGAUUGAACUGCUAACAUCUACCACUGAUGAACAUGGUGGUGUUAUUGUGGAAAUGGACAAGCCUAUGGAUUCUGCAACUUUUGUGUCCAUCCUCAGAGCUUCAAUUUCACACUGGAAACAACUCGGCAAUAUGGGUGUUUGGAUAAAAUCGCCUAUUCAUCUAGUCAGUCUAGUUGAAGCUCUAGUUAAGGAAGGUUUUUGGUAUCACCAUGCGGAACCAAAAUAUUUAAUGCUAGUAUAUUGGAUUCCCGACUCCGCAAAUACUAUUGCAAAUGCCACACACCGAGUGGGUGUUGGUGCAUUUGUUGUGAAUGAAAAAUGA